GGUGGAAAAUUUAAAGUUGUGUCUUUUCUCUAUUUUUACCUUCCUUUUCCUUAUUGUAUUACUUAGUCAUUAAUUUGUUUACCUUUUGGCACUGAUGUCAUCUUUUAUAUUCUGAAACAUUCAUGUUUUCUCUUCAUCAAAGUCCUGUCCAGUCGAGCUGGUCUAACAGGCCUGUGAAAUCAGAGUAUAAAUUCCUCAGCAUUUGAAGCUUUGAAAACUAAAAUACUGUUACAAAGUUCGGUGUGGCCAGAGCCUAUUAGCUGUGCUGUUAGCCUGUGGUGAAAGGAGUGCACCCCGAAAUGUCAAGCAGCAGGGCUGCCGCCGAGAGGUAAUUGGGAGCAAUUAGCUGGUCUCCCUGCUGGGCAGAUCGCUAUUACCUUUCUCCUCUUUGCCCUUCCCCCUGCUGCCGCUGCAGGGCAACGGGUUGUGUCAGUGAUAAAUCCCUGAGAGCGUGUGUGCCCGUGUCCGUGACGGUGCUGGCGGUGGAGGCGCCCCGGCUCCCUCCCCGCCCCGCCGCAGUGUGGAGGGAGGGACCGCGGCCCGCAGCCUGCUCCGCGCCGCGCAGCGCCGGGCGCUGUCCGAGGUGCUGAGCUCUGCGGCGCCGGGCGCUGUCCGAGGUGCUGAGCCGCGCGGGCUAGGGCGCUGUCUGACGUGCUGAGCCGCGCCGCGCCCGGGAGGCAGCAUGGUGUUCGCUCCAGGUGAGAAGCCAGGGACGGAGCAAGAUGAAGUUAAGCUGCAGAAUGCCAGCAAGCAGAUUGUGCAGACUGUUAUCCUCCUAGCAGUACAGCAAGUUUCCCAGGAAAGCCAGCAAAAGGAGAAGCGGACAAACAGCAGCAUGAGCCUCCAGCUGGAAAGAGGAAAAUUAACCAAGAAGCAUGAAAAAAAGUAAAGGAGCAGAUUGGGUUUUGCAGUCCUGCAGUCUGCAGUGUUUUCAGCCUUCUCUUUAGUAUCAGCUGUAUUGCUAGUGCAAUGUUACUGUUGUAAAGCAAACCAAAGUAUAAUCACACCUAGACAUAGGGUAAAGCUGCAAUAGUCCUCAGCUGAGAAAUGUUAAGUGCAUUAGAUGACUAACUCCAUAUUUAUACAGUGCCUCUUAACAGAAACAAUAACCCUAGCUAUAACAGUAGUUUCAAGCACAAGCUUUUAUGGUAUGGACUUACUCUGAAAAGCUUGUUGUCAGUGCACUUUCAUGCAAGUUCCAUGUGCAAUGUUUAUGUCAGCUCAGCUGGACAGGUUCUUCUCUGAGUUGCUGGGUUCACUGAAGCUGUCUUCACUGGAAAAAUAGUUUACUGUUGAGUGUAGCAGAAUGUGUUCAGGCUGCCUUGAAGCAUGAGUUUGUACUUUGCUUUGAUUAAGCAUGUACUAUGUUAAAUGGCAGUAUAAAGUGGAUUGGGUAAGUUCCGUGAACCAAUUUCAUUUUUCAUCUUGGGAGAAAAAGAAAAAAGCCAUCCAGUAAGACUGCAGUGACUGUGAUCUAUUGAACUAUGACUGCAAUCAUAGACCCGUGAUGAAUAUAUUUUUAAAAAUAAAUUGAAAGAAGUACUGAAGUUUUAGUCUACUUAUUUGAAAUACUUCUAUACUUCUGCAUAAUAAUCACUUGUGCCUCAACUAUUCCUUUUAAUUUUUUUGAUACUGAAAGAAGAGGAACUGAUGUGCUGAUAUGGAGCUCGCCAGCUUUUCCCUCAGUAGUGCAAUUUGUUUUACAGAAUUGUUUUACAGAAAGUGAAGACUGGAGUGGCUUAAAAAAAGUGUUUGGAUUUAUUUAUAUCUUGAGGGAUGGAAAUAUACUGUGAAUUCUAUCAUGGUAGAUAUUUCUCACCUACUGGGCAUAAAGUGACUUUAGAUAUUUGUUACAUACAGUCACCUUAAAAAGCACUGCUUUAAGAGGUAAUAUAGGACUUAUUCCUCAGCUGCUCUGUGUAGCUGAAGAAAUCCAUGAUGUUUCUAAAAAUACAAAUGAAAUAAAUGUAGCUUUCACUUUUAAGCUCCCUACUGUAAUGAUGAUUGCACUAUUAUACAUCUGAAGUUAGUAACAGUAUAUUUAAUUCUAGAAAUGGCUUGUAAGUCUGUUUCAACUGAAUUCUUGUAGUAAUGCACCUGCCUAGAAAUACAGAGAAGCAGGUGCACAAGAUCUGCAAACAAAGAGACAAAAUGUUGUGGUUGCAUUUCUACUCAGAUGAUUCUCAAAGAGACUUUCUGGUUGAAGUGAUUGACUAUUACUUACUGUUUCCUACUGCUUGCAUUGAAUAAUUUCAGGAUCCUUUCUCGUGGCCAGAGGCUUAGUCAUGAAUAGCCACAUAUUGUAGUAUUAAACCUUUGAAAUCUGCUUGGUUCAACUUGGGUUUUUUGUUGGUGGGUUUUUGGGGUUUCUUUGGUUGUUUUUUUUUUUUUAAUUUAACAACACUGACUCAUACCAGCUAAUGAUUUAGUUCAAUCUUGUUUCACUUAAAUAUGAAGAAGAAUUCAGCAUGAUUUAGUUGUUCUAAAUCCUUGAAUUGCAAGUAUGCAGUUGGUUCACUUCUAUAGACACUUGUUGAAUUUUUCAAGCCAAGAAAACUUUGAAAGGUGGAAGUAGUUGGGUCUUGAGGCAUGUGCUUGUUUGUCAUAACAGACAAUGUGGUUUUUUUUAACCAUUAGCUUUUUCAUCAGUUGACCUUUGGUAGGGAGGUAGCUCUUUUCUAAGCACUCUUGUAUAUUUGCUUUCUGAGAACCUAAGAAAACUGAUCAUGAGCAAAGGUUCAGUUCUGAGGCUGAUGGCCAGGCAAGUCUAGUGGGUGAGGGAGAGCAAGCCUGUUGGAGAGACCCUGUGUUGUAAAACAGUGUCUGCCAUGGACUCACCUACAGUGUUCUAGGAAAGAGCACUAUAGGACAGAAAAAAAUAAUAAUAAUUGGGAUUAUUAUUAAAUUUUUAAAUGCUUAUUGUCCCCAGAAAUUCACAAUAUGUCUUUUUACGUUCCUGGUAAUUAUUUUAAUAAGCUUAGUGUCAUCUGGAAACUUCUUUGCAUAUCCAGUUUAUUUUUAAUCAUAAUUUUAGAGAAAUAAAUUUCAAAAGCCAGGGAAUCCAGACUUUUCCCACUGCUUCGUAUGAACCUAUUCCACUCCUUCUCUCACUGUGCUCUUCUACAAUAUUCCUUGACUGUCCUAACCCUUUUAGGCAUAGUAUUAUUCAACCAUUAAAUAAUAUCCAUCAUUUUCAGUGCUGUCAGAAGUCUAAUACCUUGGAAAGAUAAAAAUAGUAGGAAACCUAACAAAGCCUUGAAGGAGUCUUUGAUGGUCUCCUAUCAAGGAAAAGCAAGUACUGUAGCUUAAAUGAGAUUUUCCCUGAGAUUUAAAUAAUGCGUCUCCUAUCUAUAGUAUAUAUCCCUAAAUUAAGGCAUGCAUUUAGUACUUCCUAAUGACAAAGGGUGUUCUGCACAGAACUUACACAUGGGAUAUGUAGUUGAGAUCUGUACCACAUGUGAGAGAACUAUACAAAAGAAAACUUUACCGUUGGCUUGUUAUACGUUUACUACAUGGUGAAAGUGGGUAUUUUUUGUAUAUUGACUGACAGAUUAUAUUUUCUGAAGAAAAUGCAGACUAUAGAAACUGUUACAGAUGUGAUGCAGGUCUGAUUACAAAUAAAGAAACUCUUCAAGAAACUCUUGAUACCUUAGAUGUCUCUGGUUUCUCUUGUAAAAAGAAGGGCAGCAUUUUUCAGAUUGAAUAGACAAGCAAUGAAGCAAACAAUGUGCUAAUGAGUUUUGUAGUAAAGAAUGCAUUAUUCAGCACAGUAAUUAGUAUCUUGAAGGUAAAAGACAAUCAAAAUGGUAUCUCCAUGUAUUUAAAAUUAACUCACCACCUUUAAGCACUUACCAGUGGUAAGUAGAAGGCUGCACAAGCAUAUGAAAGUACAUUUAUCACAAGUCCUUUCAUGAGGAAGAGCUGUGUGUCUGUGGCUAUUCUGCACUGUGCUUGCUAUGUUUUCAAUCAGGUUGAUUAUUGCCAUUUUGUUACCAUACUUGUGCUAGUCUUUGCAGUGUAAUCCUGCAGCAACACCUACAUGGAAAUUCAUGUGGCUUCAGCAGGAUGUAUUAAGAGACUGCUGAAUACCAGUGUUCAUAAAGUUGUUGGUUCUGUGUGGUUACAUCAGAAAUGCCUGCUCUAAAGUAAAAUAAACCCCAAGCUGUGACUUGGAAACAGCCAUCAUAAUUUUAUCAUUUCAGAAAAAUAGAAGCAUUAUGUGAUAAUAUUAUAGUUAAGAGUUGAAAAUUCUUGAAUAUUUCUUCAAUAUCAAACAAUACAUCUCAAAAUAUUACAGUCUCUAUUCAUGUUGUGUCAGAUUUUAUUUUUUUUGUGUGAUCUUUUUUAAGUAUCUCAGAAUGCAAUAAGUCUACAAUGGUAAGUAUAUAGAAAUAACUAUGUAACUAUUCUCAAUAGGACUACAAAUAUAUACGCUGCUAUUGUUCUUUAAAUGUGUGUGUUGUCAGAUACAGGGCUUAAUGUGUCAUUACUGAAGACUUUUUUGAAGCAGCUGGAUCUAAAUUAGGGGAAGAGAUAUGAGGCAUUAGAAUAAAUUAUUGAAAGAAUGUGGGAUUCACUCUAAAUUUCUUGGUUCCCCACUCAGGUCUGAGAAGAAAUUAACAAAACCUUGAAUACUGGCAUAACCUAUUUUCUAUCAAAGGAUUCCUGCAACAGAGUGAUCAGCUUGUUAGAAGGGUCUAUGGGAGUGAGAGGAAAAACUGAGCAGUUGAUAAUGUCAUCCUCACCACUCAGUAAGGAGUGAGCAGUGGUACUGAUGGAGUCUGGCUUCUAAUAGAUGGAUUUUCUCAUCAUCUGCUUUUGGUGACAUGUGAUAAGCUCUGGCAGAAACUUUUUUGCUAUUUUGGGUUUUCCAGGUGAAAAGGAUUCUCUGAGGCCUAACAGGUUUUUAAUUUGCACUGUAUCCUGCCUUUCAAAGGGAGCAGAAGUAAUGUCUCUUCCCUCAACUUCCAGACCUUCAUUCACAAAACCUGGUGAACACUUACGGGCUUUUUUUUUAAAGACAACUGUAUCUUCACCAAGUUUAGUUGAUGUGACCAGCAGUUUCUUUAAUCCUUAAGACUGAAUGGACAAGCACACAUGCUAGCUAUGUUUGGGUACUCUGGGGAACACCAAGAAAUAGGUACAUAUUUUAAAUGAAUUUGCAUCUAAGCUGUUCUUCUAUGCCAGGCAGAUUUUCUUUGUUUAAUUAACAUAAGCAGCUUUUCUUUUUAAAUAGCUUUUCCUCCAGUGUCUUGUUACUCGGAUUUUGUUCUACGAGCUUGCUAGUUUUAACACUAAACAAACAAUAACUGUUCAUGUUUAGUUUGGGUUUGAUUAGAGCCCCUGCGGACUUAGGCCUUCCGUUGUGGUGUAGCUUUUGUCUUUUCUUUCACAAAA